CAACUGUUGCACACAACAUAUCCUUCCUUGCCUCGAGCGGUGCUGAUAUUUUGUACUAUCGAUAAAACCAAAAUGGGUACCAAUGAAAAAGCCACUACAUCCACUUCUCAGUCUUCCUCUUCAUCAACACCUUCGCGAACCGUUACUGUUCUUCGAAAUAUCAUACAAAGCCCGUGGACCCUACCUUAUAUCGGAAUGGUUACUCCACUUGUGCGAAGUCUAUGGAAUUACAUGGGAUGGAGUAAUGGAGGAGAGGUGGCCCUCUCGCUGAGUCACGGACUUCUAAUUUUGUAUUUUAUUAUAUCACAGUAUGUACGCAGGUACGGUUGACAGAUUAAUGCA